AUGUUUUCUCGCCUUUUCGCUGCCAGAGUAGUGGCUCCCAGAGCUCCACUUCUUUCUCUAAUACCGAAAGUUCCCGUUCCCCCUUUCCCAGCAUCGCCAAUACUCGCAAUUAGCCGUUCGUUUGCCGUCAGCACGCCGAGAUGGGCAACUCUUAAUCAGAUCAAAAGAGGCGUAGAGCCACCAAAGCGCAAAAAGGCGACCGUGUCUCCCGAUCUUUACCAAUGCCCACUUCGCAAAGGUGUGGUUCUCAGAGUCAUGGUUUUGAAGCCAAAGAAACCUAAUUCUGCUCAGAGAAAAGCGUGCAGAGUUAGACUCACAAACGGUAAGGUCAUUUCCGCCUAUAUUCCGGGUGAGGGCCAUAAUGCUCAAGAGCACAGUAUAGUGUAUGUGCGUGGGGGUCGUUGCCAGGAUCUGCCCGGUGUCAAGUACCGUGUGAUUCGCGGUGGUGGUGAUCUGAGCGGUGUGGUGAACCGCAUUACUUCACGGUCCAAAUACGGGGUGAAGAAACCUCAACAGUCAUAA